UGCUGUGGGGAAGCGCGGCAUAGCCACCCGGACGAGACCAACGCGCAGACGAAGCACGCCAGUUCCACGCCAGUUACGACUCAACCUCCUCCGACAUCACCACCUCAAUUCCAGCCUCAAACUGCCGUUCAACCUGAGCAAUAUGGACAACCUCCGGGAUCGCAAGCCUGGGCUUCAGCGCAAUCUGGUUCUUCCCCCGUUCACGGCAACACGAACGCUCCGAGUCCUCCGCCUACUCUAGCGCAACCGACCCCGGUAUACCCUGCGCCUGAUCGCACGACAUCUACCUCACCCUCAAUGAUGAGCAUGUCAACGCUUCCGGCGUCCCAGGGUGUGCCAACGCCGCCUUCGAUGGGCGUUUCGAGCCUUGCACGACCACCCUCGGCCUACCAGCCAAAUGGGUUCUAUCCGAGCGCGCAUGGCCGGGGCAUUUCCGUCUCUGAUGGCGGAAACCGUUCGGUGUCCAUGUCUUUCUCUUCGGUAGAUGGCAGCGGUGCUGGGGCGAAUCAGGGCAGGAUGUCUGUUGCGGUCGACUUUGGGACGACAUUUUCAGGCGUUGCGUUCGCCUCGGCGCGUAUAUCCGCGGGACAAGUCCAACAGAUUCUUCAUUGGCCUGGCUCGUCCGAGACGUUCAGGAAAAUUCCCACGUGCCUGGUUUACGACGAGAAUGGCAAAAUCAUUGCCUGGGGCCUGGAAGCCAAGAAUACGCCCGUCCAUGCUUGUUUCAUCAAAUGCGAGUGGUUCAAGUUGUUCCUUGAGCCUCAUGCCUUGAGGAAUGAAGACGCUGUGGAUAGCCGAUUACCUCAACUUCCCCCUGGCAAAACUGCGAUAGAUGUCAUCAUAGACUUCUUAUCAUGCAUAUGGGAGUACGCAAAGGGCCAGAUCACGCGUCAGCUUGGCUCUGUGGCUGACCUCGAUUCCGCGGAUAUCAUCUUGACAGUCCCCGCCGCCUGGGAUGCGAAAGGCUGCGAGCUGAUGCGGGAUGCCGCGAUCUCCGCCGGUCUCGUGCAGUCCUCCCGCGCUGGCGAUAAGAAUUGGCGGGAUCGUCUGCGCAUCAUUACAGAACCCGAAGCUGCUGCGGUCCAUUGCGCGACCAUGACGGAUGUACACAGACUUAAGACUAGCCAGAACUUUAUGAUCUGUGAUGCUGGCGGUGGUACCGUUGACCUCGCUGUCUACAAAAUCCUCGGCCAGUUAGCCAACCUGGAAAUCGCGGAGAUUUGCGCUCGCUCCGGAGCAAAUUGCGGCUCACUAUUUCUCGAUCUUCGGUUCCGCUCGCUCGUCGAGACUCUUCUAGCGGACUAUCCCGCCCAUCUCGAUCCGCCGAGCAUGGCAAACUUCAUGCGCGCGUUUAGCGAGAACGAAAAACUCGAAUACCGGGGCGUAGACGAUGAUGGGAAUAUGAUCCAAUUCUCCUGCUUCAACGUUCAGCCUGAUGACCCAUCGGUCGGGCUCAUUAACGGGGAACUGGUAAUACCAGGCAAGCUUGUUUUUCUCACCGUCGAUGUGCUAGACCUGGUAGAAGAGCAAUUGAAGAAGGCGGAGCAGAGAAUUGAUGCCUUGCUCCUCGUAGGUGGAUUCUCGGGCAGUGAAUACUUGUUCAAGCGCGUGAACGAGCAAUUUGGUGGACGCAUUCGCGUCAUUGCACGACCGGUCGAUGCGGAUACAGCAACGUUGCGCGGCGCUGCUAAACAUGGCUUGGGGGGCCGCAAUGUCGUUUCGAGCACGAUCGUGCCCCGAUCCUACAUCAUGAAGGUGAAACUUCCGGCAGAGUCGGAGGAUUGGCUGAAGCGUCCUGCGUACAUAAAGAGCGUCGAUGGGGGCACGCCGGUGUGCGAGAACCGGCUCCAGUACCUCGUCACGAAAGGCGCGAUCUUGCGGAGAGGUCAAAGGGUAAUCACGAAGUUUUGCAAAUACUCCCAAAGCUCCCAAGAUCGAAUCUUCGUGGCGACGCUGUACACCUCCGACAGUGAUAAGGUGAUGCGAUAUAACGACGAGGGCGAGACCGACGAACUGUGCAAAUGGACUGUGGACUUGGGUGCCCUCCCGGUCUUCCAGCAGAACGCGGCCGCAAGCAUGGGUAAUGGCUUUUACACAGAGUUCGAACUCGGGCUCGAAUUCGACAGUGCCGAAGUCCGAGGGGUUCUGCUGUACGACGGGCAGGAAUGGGGCAAGAUCGUGUUCGAUUUUCUUUCAUGAUAUCUUUUUUUACCGCGUUGUGCGAUCACGAUGGGCAGCCGCGAGGCCGAAGGGACCAGCAUGGACGGUAGUCGAGGGGUCAAUUGCAGAACCAAGGAAC